AUGGACCAAAAACAGUGUUUGAUAUUGAGGCCAGGGUGGAUGUUUCAGGCACACGGCGCUAAGCCCGCCUCGGCUCAAACAGAGCCGCGUGGGUACUACGGCUACCCUAUCACGUGCCCCCCAACAUAUUGUAUUGCUCUCGCGUACGGUAGCGAGAAUAUAAUGGAAAGAGUUUUGAUCAUUUAA